AUGAGUUCAAAAUCUGAAGCCAAAGAUCUGCCGUGCAUUUUCACUUUUCUUUCUACAAAACACCCGAAUAGUAACUUGCUAAAACGUAUAGAGAAAUGUAAAGAAGGAAAGUGGCGAAAUGCGUCUGCUCUUGCAGCAACAAAAAAAUUAACGAAACUGGCUAAGUAUUUUCCUGAAUUAGCUCCAUUGCUUGAUUCUAUGGACAGUUAUUCUUUAUGUGAAGAGCACUAUAACCAGCUUGUCGCUAAAAAUCUUUUUAUUAAUAAGCUAAAAAAAGAAACUGAUCCAAUUCUUCUAUCUCCAGGUGAAUCUGAGAAAAAAAGAUUGAAGUUUUCUAACGAUGAUGAGCCACAAGUUUCUGAAAAAACUUUCAUCGAUUUCGGCACUCAAGUUGAAAGAACUUUCGUCGAUUUCGGCACUCAA